GCUCUAAUCUGGUUUCUCGGUGGAAGGUCUUUUUACGCUUAACAACUGAGGCCGAUCCCCUGAAGACGUUACAGUUUGCGAUCAUUCUGUCUAUCAUCGACUCAUUUGUAGAUUACGUGUACCAGAAUGCGCUUAUACGCACUUCCUUUGCAAAGGCGGUCAAUGUCCCUGCUCCAAGUCUGUGUGUGGCUAAGGUGUUGUUGGGUACAGUUCAUGUGACAGUCAAGGGAAUGCGUGCUGCGUUGACCAUGGACACUCGCAGGCGAAAGCACAUCGCGUUUAAUGG